CUACUUUUUCUGCCCCAUCUACUCCGCGCUUCUGGACUCCCCAUAGGAACCAGGUGGAAGAUGAGGAGCAAAGGAGGUUCGAUAAUCGGUUGAAGGUGGAGAUGGCCAAAUAUGUCGAAGCUACUAAGGUCGACGUCAUGGCGGCCGUUGGUAGGCAAUAUCUUGGGCAGAAAGAGGAGGUUAGGAGGGAGGAGGUGAGAUGGGUGGAGCAACGUAGGGGUCGGUUUCCCCCGCCGAGACAAAGAAGGGAUUAUGUCGACAGAGACGAAGGUGAUAUGGAGGUUGAUGACCUGGAUGAGGAGAUUCGCCGUCUUUCUGCGCCACGUGAGAAGAGGAGGAAGGGGAAGGAGCCGGCGAGACCUGGUUUUAGACAGCCACUUUUUUCCGCUCCUGCCGGUGAUAUUAAUAAUGCACCAGUGCGGCCUGGCUGUUCGUGGCGCCCGGAGGAUGAGGCUAGGACCAAGAUCCCUGCGGGUUGUGGUCCAGAAGGGCUUUUGGAGUUCGUGCUUGAGAAGAAGAAGAAACUGUCUGCAUUGCGUCAAGAUGAGCUGAAGCGAAUUUGCAGCAAGGAGGGCCUUCGUUAUUGUACUAAAGAGGUGUUGGACCCGACGAUCGUGUUGGACUCGACGAUCGUAUUCGACUCGACGUUCGUGUUCGACUCGACAAUCGCUUUCGACUCGACGAUCGUGUUAGACUCAACGAUCGUGUUCGACUCGACGAUAGGGCACUGUCGUGUUCGACUCGACGAUAGGGCACUGUUCGACUCAACGAUAGAGCACUACCGUAUUCGACUCGACGAUCGUGUUCGACUCGACGAUAGGGCACUGUUCGACUCGACGAUAGGGCACUACCGUGUUCGACUCGACUAUCGUGUUCGACUCGACGAUCGUGUUCAACUCGAUGAUGGUGUUCGACUCGACGAUCGUGUUCGACUCGACGAUCGUGUUCGACUCGACGAUCGGGCACUAUCGUGUUCGACUCGACGAUCGGGCACGAUCGUGUUGGACUCAACGAUCGGGCAUGAUCGUGUUCGACUAGACGAUUGCGGAAACCGAAUGUGCCACGUGCCGUUACGUGGUUGCAUCUGGGCUGCGUGGUUGUGUCCUCACCGUCUGAUCCUUCGAACUCGGUGUGCGCGUCACGAUCUUGGGCCGUAUGCUCGCUCCGUCGUCUCGACCUACGACUCUCGACACCUCCGCUGUGGUCCGUCGUCGCAUCGAGAAGGUGGUCUGCUAUGCACGAACCGAAUCCCUGCGCUCCGUUGCCGCGCUGCGUUGUGACACGAGCCUCCGCUGCGCUGCGCUGUGGCUGCGUUGACGAACCUCCGCUGCGCUGCGCUAUUGCU